GGCGUUUUGGACAAGAGGUGCGCAUUUGGGGCUCCACGGCCAACGCAGAAGGCAUGUCAUUUAAAAGAAAGCGCACAUCCCGACAGCCUGAUCCAGUUCUAACGGGAGAGUGGUCAUAAACAGGAAUGCUGUUCUUGGACGAAAUGACUAGCCCGAUCUUCCCGUUUUUUGGCUUUCCGCUGGUUAACGCUCUUACAGGAAAUGCUGAUUGGUCGGCUGUAGUAAUGUGAUGGCUAGAUGCGUCCUGUUUUGUUCGCUCCGACUCCCGUGUGUCCAGAUUUCACAGAAGCUCUUUAUUACUAAGAGACGCUCGUCUCUGCCAUGUAAAUGCAGGAACACACGGACUGCUUCCACAGUGUAAGGUUGCUCUGCAGUUGCUCACUGUGCUCCCACGGGACAUGAGCUGACACCAGCCUGGCCUGGAUUUUGUGCUGUGCUCUGUGCAACACAACUCCUUUGCCCUAAUCCAGUGCCCCACCCCCUCACACACACACACACCUGGUGUGGGCAGAGUGGCGGGCAGUGAGGCAGCGGUGCCCGAUGGCUCGGCCGAGGGUGGAAGGAUGUCGAUGGCCCAUGGCGGGCUGGUGAGCCUCGGCGUGCUGCUGGUUGCGGUGGGUGUCAUCUUGGUCAUGGUGUCCCAGAUGUACACGGGUGCCGUCGGCACAGCGUUGGGCGUUCUGGGCUUUGGUGUCCUUAUCUACUCCUUCUGCAAGACGAUGAAGUCUCGGGCCCACAUGACCUUCCCGGGACACUUCCUGCUCCACCCACGCACCGGCACCCGCUACACCUACGAGCAGGCCGUUGCUCUGCAGAGGAGGCUGGACAGAAUCCGCAGGGCAUCGGCGGAAGAAAGGCCGUCCGUGCAGCAGUACCUGCCGGCACAGAUCAGCCUCCACAGCCUGCCCGGAAGCCCCCCUCCCUGGGACAUGGAGCCCCCGCCAUCGUAUGAGGCGGUCAUGAAGACCACCACGCCCCUCGACCAGCUUUGAUCGCUGCUCAGUGCACACGCAGGCUGCUCCACUCUUGUGACUGCAAAGAAUCAGGUGCCUGCUACUACUUAGCUAGGUGUCUACUCUAGGCCAAAGGCAAAAGAGGCCAGUUGAUACCUGUAAGCAUUUACUGUUUGUAUUGUUUGCAAACCACCUGACCUAAUGAGUACCAACAAGUGUCUACCAUGCACCAAAUCACUCGUUUAUGCUCCGAAAUUGUCAGCCCUCUCGGAGUUUGAGGUUAGAGGGGCAAGAGCUUUUGCAUCUUCAUUGGCUUGCGUUGCUGCUGAUCGGAACGCUUUUGGUGAUAAAAAUUCCAAAAUUCCAAGUCAUGUCCAUGUUUAACAUAGCCGCUGUACAAAGAAGUUUGUGGUUUCACUUCUAGCUCGCAAAACUUCUAGUAAGCAUGUUUGAAACCACUAGCGUAGUAAAUAGUCAAGACAAGAAAGGAGUAAUUAGGAAUUUGAGGUAGCAAACCAUUGUUUUCUCUUUAGUAAACCACUUUAGUAAACCGCUUUAGUUUACUACAGAAAUGCUCUUCUUAAAAGGAGAUGUUGUGGUGAAUAAAUGGUAAAUUUGCCAAACCUUAAACAUAUCAUUUUCAGCGGAUGUUUCUAGUAGAGUAUCACAUUUGCCCUCUGAUUGACGAUGAGGGCAGCUCGUAGCUUUAAAGAAAAGUCUUUUGUUUAGAGGUUGAGGCAAACAGAUCAGAGUGGCUUGUUUCGUGUGUGAAGGCAGUGAAGUGUAUAGUGGGGAACAGGGAGCGGAGCACUGCGAGGUAGUGCAUCCGGUUUGGAGCAGGGGGGAAUGAAAGCAAAGACCACACCAAUCUGAGGAGAGACCUGAGGUGGAGGAGACGUGCGUUUCUACACUGCAAAGUGACCCAAAGCACAUGAAAGCUCUCAGGAUAUGAAACUGAGGAAUUCAAUUCUAAUUAUACAAUACCCCUUACAGCUCGAUCCAAGUCUGCUGUGAUUUCUUCACUGUGACUCAAUGACAGAACAUCUACAUUUCUCGCUUCUCUUUGCCCCUCCUGGUCCAUCAUGGACUUCAAACCAUCUGGGAGGUUAGCAAAAGGGUACUCCCAUCAUUCCACUACAAUGCUGUACAAAAAUCUUUUUAUACGCCACUAAAGAGAUGACUAGGCUAGUAGACACAAGACCUUCCUCUACCAGACUGCUAGUCUCCUUGUGUUUUUAAUAAGUGUUUGUGUGUUUAAAUGCUAUUUUGUUGUUGUUGUUGUUUUGAGGGACAUGUGCUUUGCGAAACCAGCUGAAAGUAUUUGCUCUUAUACCUGUGGAUUUAGCUGGACUGUGUUUGAAACAUUUACAUUUAAACACUGGGAGUGCCUUGGGUCAUUAGUCAGGUUAAUAACUGAUACACUUUUAAUACCACGGAGCAGCAUGUCUUACCUAAGAAGUCAUUUGGGACUUUAGUUUUGGGUUUCAUGCUACAGGUCUAUUUCUCUAAAUGACAUGGUAUUUUCACACUAUGUACCUUUCUAUAUGCUGAUGUGCAGUGGCAGUGGACUGCUUAACCUGAUGUGUGUUUGUUUUGUGUUAUACAUGAUUUCGUAAUGUGUACCACUGUACACAGUAUUGAUCUUUUUUUCAUUUACAUUCUGUUUGUCAAGCCACCUUCAAAUACUGAAACCAAUCAAGCGAUCAUUUAGUGGCCAUGAGACAUCUCUUUAGCAUUAAAAAUUCACAGAUACUGGACUAUACUAUAGAGCAGUAGGAAUGACCUGCGUGUAGUUUCAUUGACAGAUCGUAUUCCUACUGGAUCUGAUAAUUAGGCCAAACCACGUUUUAGAAUCAAACUGUCCACAAGUACUCACCUGUUUCUUUUGUAUUUUACAGUCUCACCUGAUUUCCAUGUAUUAACCAUGUGUUCUUAACCAUAUUGGUUACUGUUUCUAUUCAAUAAAUGUCAUACGUACAAGCUUUA